AUGCGUUCCCCUUCGCCUUCUUUGCCAGCCUUCCUGCUUCUCUCCCAAGAAUGGCUUCUUUCCACCGUGGCAUCUCAAGUCCCAGACGCGGCCAACUUGUCGUACUGGACCAUGCCGCCAUGCUUUGCACCAUGUCUUCAAGAAUGGUGUGGCCGCCCCUCAUCUGAUCCCAGGAUCCUCAACGACACGACAUGCAUCUGUACGAAUACCGCCCACGACGUAUUCAUGGAAAUAAAGGACGACUGUCUCCAACACAGGUCGACUUGCGGUAGCCGAGAGUUUUGGAACAAAUGUGGCAUUGGCAAAGUGCCAGAAGACUUUAAGGAGCACCCCAGUUAUGUACCACACAUCGCCGCCGCCUUAGCGGUUGAAACCGUAUGCCUGGCACUUCGUGUCGCUUGCAAAAUCCGUCAUUUCGUGCCAUGGGGUCUAGAUGACUACGUCCUUGUGACAGCAUACGCCAACGUUGGAUCGAUUUCGAACUAUUGGAUCCUCAAUUUCGAAAACAUUUCUACCUUUACUAAAGUAAACAUAGCCUAUAACAUUCUAUGCGCUGUUUCGCUAGGCCUAGUUAAGAUGUCUGUUGUCUUUUUUUUCUUGCGGAUAUUCAACGUCUGCAGCAAUAGAUACAAACGAGUUUUGUGGGGCACUGUUAUAUUUAUUGCUUGCUUAACUCUUUCCUUUGUAUUAGCGCAGCUUCUUAUGUGUAACCGCCUCUCAUGUCUUUGGGAGCAUUCAGGUGAACCUUGGCUGGGAUGCAAGUGCGCUGACGUCUGGGAGGGUGAAGGAGGGUAUCCAGCCACGAAUGCGGCGCUGGAUUUAUGGUGUAAGUACUUCAACCCCAUCGCCAAUUUGAUAUUGUUACCGUUGAGGCAAGUGUUCAAGACGCACUGGCAUUGGAAGCAAAAAAGGCGUGCUGUGGUAAUGUUCAGCCUUGGGCUUGUGUACGCUUUUAUCUGGGCUGUCAGACAGAACUGCCGCACUGACUCUCUAUCAGAACAAUGA